AAAGCUUAGGUUCUGCAAUAAUUUUGGAACAAGAGCAGUUGGCAGUAGUUCUGUCUUUUAAAAACAUUCAUACGCAUGUCACCUGUUUCAAUCUAUCUCAUAUGUGCUUUCUCUCUCUAGCCUUAUAGCUCUCUUGCAAUUAUUUAGAGGGUAAAUAUAAAAGGUUGGAAUUUGAUGCUUCUUUUGCUGUUUUGUGCAAGUACCAAAUUGGUGAAUUUGGUUUCCUCUUCUUGUAGAAUUUAAGCUUAGCAUUUGAUGCUUCUAGAGGUACUGUCAAACAACCAAUGUAGGGGACUGUGAAUGAGACUCUGCCCCAUUUCAGUUCUUGCAGAAUUCACGUUAGAAUUUGAUGCUUUUUGUCUUUUUUUGGAUAUCCAUCUGAGAAUAUCUCAAAAGGGUUUCUCCAAAUUUCUUUUCUUGGUUCUUGGAGAGUUGUUGGGUCUUGAUUCAAAACUUGAACAUCUUUUUACUUCCUUUGUUAGGACUUUGUCCUACACUCCAUUUUUCAUUCUACAUUCAUUUGAUUGCAAGUUGAGGACCUGAUUUGAUUCUCUUCAAUUGGGUUUGAGUUGAAGAGAUUUAAGACUGCUUAACAUAAUCAAUCACGUUGGUGUUUAAUUGAGUUCGAGAUUGUGAAAAAUAUAGUUCUUCUCUUAAGCUAAAGGGAAAAAGGGAAUCUGCUUUCUUUUAAUUACACUGGUGAGCUGUUACUUGGCUAAUGCCAUCGUUUGUCUGUGUCCACUUUAUGCUCUGAAAGGUUCACUUUCUUGUCUGUUGAAGCAUUUUCUUUUUUGCCUUACAGUAGAGUAGACUUGAUCCUAGGGUUUUUGAAAGAAGAGGCAAAUUGUUGGUCUGUGUAUGAUUUUGUGCCUGAUGCAUUGGAUUUCUCCUUUUACUUUGCGUCUCUGGGAUGCUGCACUGAGAGGUUUCUUUUACUUUAACAUCCUCUCAGUUCUAUAAAGCUACCUAGAUUACUCGUUCCUUGUUCAGUCUGCAAGAUAUCCCCAGCUAAUUUUGGUCAAAUCAACUUUCCCUUUAAUUUUAUGUUACUUCCCUUCUGUUAAAUAUCUAUUCUUGGCCCAGGUCUAGUUUAGCUGUUGAGUAGGGAUUGAUUUCAAAUUUGCAAUUAUAAAUUGGUUGAGUUCCUUAGAAUUUGGUGUUUAGCUUUGGAAUCUAGAGCAUGGCUAGUGGUGAUAAUGAUGAUGUGGGAUUUAAACACAGACACGAGAGCCUUAUGAAUUGUUCAUCUUCACAGAUGAACACAAAUCCCUUGUCUGACAAAGUUGAUGCAAUGGCAAUGAGUUCAAUAUCCAUGUAUAACAAGCCUUCAAAUGCAUCAGAUCCUUUCUUUGGUUCUGGUUGGGAUCCAAUUGUUUCACUGAGCCAGAGUGAAAGCCUUGUAGGUUCUUCAAUGGUUUCUCACAGUGAAUUUGCCGAUACUCAAUACUCUCUCCUAAUGGAAAAUCAGGGAAUUAGUGGCACUUCCCACUUUUCCCAAUAUCAAUCUGAUCCAAGUUUUGUUGAGCUGGUGCCAAAGCUUCCGGGCUUUGGUAGUGCAAAUUUGUCAGAAAUGGUUGGUCCCUUAAGUCUACCACAAUGCAGCCAGAUGGCCAACAGCAGGCGCCCCCCUAUUUAUGCUCUGAUUCAUGAGGGUGGCAGUGAAAGGGCUUCAACAAAUAGUACACAAUCUCGUGAUGAGCACCAAAUUUCAGAGGAGGGACUUGUAGGUGCUUCGCCCAAUGGAAAGAGUAGAAAACGAGUGCCUGAAUCAAACUCUCCACUAGGAUCAUACCAGAAUGCUGAUGAGGAGCCUCAAAAGGAUGCUUCUGGGGAGAGCGGCGAUGUUCCAAAAGAACAGGAUGGGAAGAAACAGAAAACUGAACAAAAUACAGAUGCAAAUUCACGUGGUAAGCAAAAACAAGCUAAAAGUGGAGAAGCUCCUAAAGAAAAUUACAUCCAUGUGAGAGCAAGAAGGGGUCAGGCUACAAAUAGUCACAGCCUGGCAGAAAGGGUUAGAAGGGAAAAGAUAAGUCAGAGAAUGAGAUUGCUUCAGGAACUUGUACCUGGAUGCGAUAAGAUUACUGGGAAAGCUGUAAUGCUUGAUGAGAUUAUCAACUAUGUCCAGUCACUGCAGCAGCAGGUUGAGUUUCUGUCAAUGAAACUUGCAACUGUCAACCCAGAACUAAACAUUGAUUUAGAGAGAAUCCUAUCCAAAGAUAUUCUUCAUUCAGGAGGUGGAAGUGCAAAUGUUAUCGGAUUGGUUCCUGGGAUAAACUCCUCUCACCCUUUAUCCACCGGUAACUUUCCGGGAACAAUUUCAGGCAUCCCGAGUACAUAUCCACAAUUCCCUCCCUUGCCUCAGACUGUACUAGACAAUGAGCUCGAAAAUCUUUUCCAAAUGGGAUUUGAUUCCAGUUCAGCCAUGGACAGUUUGGGACCAAAUGCAGGUCGAUUAAAAUCAGAGCUUUGAUAUGUGGAAGAAGUUAAAAUAAAAAGUUCUAGUCCCAAGCAAACAAAGCAUUCAAGUGUUUCAAGUUGACUGCGCAUUAAACUCAUCAUGAAAAGAAAAUUGUGAAAAAAAAAGACGAAGUGGGAAAAGAAAGAAAAAAAACCAGGAUUCUUCAGCUGUAUAGGUCCUUUUCAGUUCCUUCCUAACUGUUUAUUUUCCGAAUUUUUAACCAAGGAAGAUGACUUGUUAGAAUUACCAAUCAUGUAUAUUAAGACAACAAAGCAAGAUUUGGUUGAUGGAAUUUUGUUUUUUAAUUGGUAUUUGUAGGGGGUGUGAUGUGAUGCUUUGUGAAAUAUCAAUUUUACGUAUUUCAUUAAUCGAAAUUUCAAAGUUAUAUUUAUUUUUAAACAGCGACUCGAGUAAUCCAACAACAAAGAGCACAGACGAAAGGAAGGAGUUUUUGGGUAUGGCAUCGUUCGGAAAAGAAAAGAACAGGAAAUGGAUCAAACAAGUGAAGCGGUUUCCCCACUUUCGCGGUUGUCGGGCUGUUGGGGCAAAACUUGAGCCGGCAAAAGCUGGAAAGGCCGACCUCUUAAUGAAUUAACUAAUCGGCCCAAUUGUUAGAAAUAAUUAGCAGGU